AUGAAAAAUUGUAGACCUAUAUGUCCUAUCGCGGUGGAGCGACAGACACACACAAUGCCUUGACGCAUGUAAGAACGCAUAUGUUUACAAAAGAGAACGGUGACCGACCGGCAGCGGAAAACGUUCUGGUCGUCAUGACAGAUGGUGGGUCGUCCAUUCCAGAAGAAACCAUAACGGAGAUCUACAACCUUAAACGCCAGAAUGUUACAAUCUAUGUGGUGCCUGUCGGAAAUUGUAAGUUGUACUGGGGCGAAAUUCAUACUAUGGCCACCAGCUCUCAACACGUGAUCACCGAUCUGAAUCACAUUGAUACUUUCACAGCAGCACGACUCCUGUGGAAACAGAUCUGUAGGGGUAUUUGA